AUGAGUAGGUUUUUUGCAACAGCAUCGGAUUCGGAAACCGAAUGUUCUUCUGAAGAUGAGCAAAUUCCGAGGCAGCCGGCAGCGGCUUAUGCGUUUUCCGAUGAAGAAGAAGAAACUAAACGAAUAGUUAGAUCAACUAAAGAAAAACGUUAUGAAGAACUUACGAAUCUUAUUAAACAAAUUAAAAAUUUUAAAAAAAUUAAAGACAUGUCUUCAAUGUUAACUGGUUUUGAAGAACUCAUGAGAGCUUACAGUAAAGCUCUACCGGUAAUAACAAUUGAAGAAAGUGGUAAUACUCCAAGAUUUUAUCUUCGUUGUCUUGUUGAAAUGGAUGAUUUUAUUAAUCAAGUAUGGGAUGAUAAAGAUGGCAGGAAAAAUAUGUCGAAAAAUAACUCUAAAUCACUUUCAAUUUUGAGACAAAAACUUCGGAAAUAUAAAGUAAGUGAAUCUGAAUCAGAAGCAGAAGACAAUACAACUUUUACCAAAGCAGUGUCUGAUACUGCAACUACCGAAACCAAAUCAGCUAAAUCUCAAAUUCAAGAAGAAGAUGCAGGAAGUGAAGAUUCAACUGAUUGGGGGUCUGACUCUGACAGCGAUUCUGACAGCAGUGAAGAUGAUGCUCAAUACACGACUAUCAGAGAAAGAUUUUUAAAAAGAACAACAGAUAAAGAAGAAGAAGAAAAAAAGAAAAAAGAAAAAAAAGAAAGGAAAGAAAAAGAACGUAUUAAAAAAACUCAAAGGGAAGAAGAAGAAGAUGAAGGAGAAUGGGAAACUGUUAAAGGAGGAGUUGCAAUUUUAUCAGAGAAACCUAAAAUGUUUCCUAAAGAUGCUGAAAUCGAUGUAAACGUUGUUGUGAAAAAAUUAAAUGAAAUAGUUGCUGCAAGAGGUAAAAAGAGUACCGAUCGGAAAGAACAGAUAGAGCUGUUACAUGAACUUCAAGCUGUUGCCGACCAACAUAAAUUGGGUGCUGCUGUUGCAGUAAAAAUUAAAUUUUCGAUUGUUACUGCAAUUUUCGAUUAUAAUCCUCGUGUGUCGGAUGCUAUGAAACCAGAAUAUUGGUCGAAACUUUUAGAAAGAGUGUCAGAGUUAAUGGAUAUGUUACUCGCUGAAAAAGACAUAAUAAUCGGAGAACACAUACUGGAAGAAAAUGAAAGCUUUGAUAAAGUACCAUACAAACUCAGGGGAUGUACACUGAUAAUGGUGGAACGACUCGAUGAAGAAUUUAUAAAAUUGCUUAAAGAAUGCGAUCCGCAUAGUAAUGAAUACGUCGAAAGACAUGCUAACAUAAAAGAUGCCCACAAUUGUUUACUCGAUUUAAUGAUGACGGGAAAAAUGAAAGAGUUAUUAGCUCAAGGAUUAUUACCGCAACGUCAAAACGAAAGAAGCAAAGAACAGGAAAAAGUAGAAAAACAAAGGCAGAUGCCGUUUCACAUGCAUAUUAAUUUAGAAUUGUUGGAGUGCGUUUAUUUAGUGUCUGCUAUGCUAAUUGAAAUACCUUACAUGGCCGCGCAUGAAUUCGAUGCACGUCGUCGUAUGAUUUCGAAAACGUUUUAUCAACAAUUACGGGCUAGCGAAAGGCAAAGUUUAGCCGGACCACCUGAAAGCAUGAGGGAGCACGUGGUGGCUGCCUCGAAAGCAUUGAGAAAUGGAAAUUGGAAAGCUUGCAAAAAUUUUGUAAUCAAUUCAAAAAUGAAUGCCAAGGUUUGGGAUUUGUUUCAUCAAGCCGACAACGUUCGAGAAAUGUUAACAAGAUUGAUUCAAGAAGAAGCUUUGCGCACGUACCUCUUUACUUAUUCACACGUUUACGAUUCUAUAUCGAUGCCAAUUUUAGGAGAAAUGUUUGAUUUAGAUCGUGCGGUAGUUCAUUCCAUUAUUUCGAAAAUGAUUAUAAAUGAAGAAUUGAUGGCUUCGUUAGACGAUCCAACGCACACGGUUGUUAUGCAUCGUUCCGAACCUAGCAGACUUCAAUCGUUAGCAUUACAAUUAAGUGAUAAAGUCAUUAAUUUGGUCGAUUCAAACGAGAGAAUUUUUGAAACCAAACAAGGAACUGUAUUUAAUAGGGGUGCACAAGGAUUUCGAGAUCGGCAAAAUUUUAAUAGGGCAGGUCAGGAUUGGAAUCGUCAAAGGCAAAAUCGUGCUUAUUAG